AUGAAACAAGUAGAGUCAGUACAAGAGAAACAAAUGCACCGUUCAAAAGGGCUUUAUGUUUCUCAACCACAGGUUUUAGUUGACGCAGCUGUGCCAACGUCUGCGCUGCAGGUAGAAGAGCUGACGCCGACGCUGAUUUUUCCGAGGGAAACGUGUUUGGACAUGUUAUCGAAACAUUCUUCAUGUUCUGGUUCAUCAGAGGUGGAUCUUUGUUGCUCGGGGCAUGCAUCCGGUUUGCAGAAUGGAGGGACAGGAGAAUCAUCAGUAUCACCGUCAUCUCCUUUUUUUAACCGUAUUUAUACGGGUACCCAUAGCCAUGGGUUUCUUGAGCAGGAUGGUUAUGUUUCUUUUCCUCCAUUGGACUUGUAUCAGCAGGAUAAACGUUCUACGCCAGUACGUAAUUAA